UAACGGUACGUGAUGGAUUCUGUUGGUGGGACGUUUUUGCAUCUGUUUUUUUUUUUGCAGGGUGGGCAUUUAAUCGUUGUAGAAAUGCAUGAAAUUAAACGAACCCUUAUGAAAACGGAGGAUUCCUUGGGGAAAGUUGCAAGGAAAAGAGCGAGAUGGCUUUAUGCAGACCUAAGACACGCGCGUAGGAGGCGAGUGGGCAGAUCCGAGCAGAAGGUCCCAACACGCGCACACACGCGCGCACGCGCACGCACGCACACACUCCAAAAGCCGGACCUCAACAAGUGCGCGCAAUCACGUUGUCAUAGUAAUGAAACACGCUUAACGUAGUAGCCUACUACGACGCAACAAAACAUUUUCCCCUUAAACGCACACUUAUCAUUUAAUCAUCAGCUCGGGGGGGUGUUUAUCGCCGCAUACGUUUAGUAUUAAACGCCUCCCCCCAAUGAGACUUUAUUAACGCGUCGAUUCUUUUCGCUCCCGGGCAGCAGGUCGUUGUUUUGUUUUUUGUUUUUUUGCCUUAUAGGAAAGAUCCUUGACCUCCUCUUCCCACGCAAAAAUCACUUUGCUUAAAUCGUUAUAUAUAUAUAGCCGCUUUUCCAGAAGGCUCGCAGGAGAACGGAAGAGGCACGAGAAGAGCUGCUUCUGCACCUUUCCCACGAGACCCUCUUGGACCAUGUAUUAGAGCUGAUUAUGAACGAGAAGCCUCCGAACAGCACCGGUCUGUUUCUGAGUGAAGACUCCGAGAAGCCGCAGCGCGCCGACGAGGGCCUCCGCCGCCUGUGCCGGGCCUUACGGAAGCAGAUGUCUGGAAGUCGACGGAAGAUGGGCGGCGUCACGCGGGACAGCGUCAGGACGUUUCUGAGGAGGAACGCCUUCGUGAUCUUCACGGUGGCCGCCGUGGCUUUAGGGGUGGUGCUGGGUUUCGCGCUGAGGCCUCGUAACCUGUCCGUCAGGGAGGUCAAGUAUUUCUCUUUCCCCGGGGAGCUGCUGAUGAGGAUGCUUCAGAUGCUCGUUCUGCCGCUCAUCGUCUCCAGCCUCGUCACAGGAAUCUCUUCUUUAGACAGCAAAGCCUCUGGGAGGAUGGGAAUCCGGGCCAUCGUCUACUACAUGGUGACCACGUUUAUAGCGGUUUUCAUCGGUAUUGUGAUGGUGAUUAUUAUCAGGCCGGGUAAAGGCAGCAGGGACAGUCCUGUGGCCUCUAGUGGCGGCAUUGAGCCGGUGCAGGCCGCUGAUGCUUUCCUGGACCUCAUAAGAAACAUGUUUCCACCGAAUCUAGUCGAGGCCUGCUUUAAACAGUACAAAACACUAUAUAAGAAAACGGUGUUGACCAAAAACGUCACCGUCGCGGUCAAUGGGACAGACAUCUUGAACGCCACAGACCUCAGCCGAGCGUCCAACCUCAGCGCAGUCCUGCAGACCGUCCAGGAGACGCUGGAAGAGGUGGUGCCCGUCUCCGGUUCCUCGAAUGGGGUGAACGCCUUGGGCUUGGUGGUCUUCUCCAUGUGCUUUGGGCUAGUGAUCGGGAACAUGAAACAGCAGGGCCAGGCUCUCCGGGACUUCUUUGACUGCCUCAACGAAGCCAUAAUGCGCUUGGUGGCCAUCAUUAUCUGGUAUGCUCCUGUGGGAAUCCUCUUCCUGAUCGCAGGGAAGAUCAUCGAGAUGAAGGAUCUCGCUCAGGUGGGUGGACAGUUAGGGAUGUACACGGUUUCCGUGAUUGUGGGACUCCUCAUCCACGGCCUGCUCGUUCUGCCGCUGCUCUUCUUUGCGGUGACCAAGAAGAACCCUUUCACCUUCAUCGCUGGGCUGCUGCAGGCUCUGAUCACUGCUCUAGGCACCUCGUCCAGCUCUGCCACCCUGCCCAUCACUUUUCGUUGUCUUGAAGAAAACAACCACGUGGAUAAACGAGUGACGCGUUUUGUGCUGCCGGUUGGAGCCACAAUCAAUAUGGACGGCACUGCCCUGUACGAGGCAGUGGCAGCCAUUUUUAUCGCCCAGGUCAAUGACAUGGACCUGAACUUUGGCCAGAUCCUCACCAUAAGCAUCACGGCGACCGCCGCUAGCAUCGGAGCAGCAGGCAUCCCUCAGGCUGGGCUGGUUACCAUGGUGAUAGUAUUGACAUCGGUGGGACUGCCCACAGAGGACAUUACACUGAUCAUCGCGGUGGACUGGUUCCUGGAUCGACUCAGGACCACCACCAACGUGCUGGGAGAUUCAUUUGGCGCUGGGAUCGUCGAGCAUCUGUCACGACAGGAGCUCCAGAACCAGGAUGUGGAAAUCAGCAACUCUGUGAUCGAGGAGAAUGAAAAGCCGUACCAGCUGAUCUGUCAGGAGAACGACUCUCGCAAGCAUCGCAACAGUGAAACCGCCAUGUAAUUAUCCUCCAAUCGUCAUAGCUCACACUGACGGACUGUAAUAAAAAGAUGGACGACGCGUCUCCAAUGCUGUCCGCUUUAGAAAAGUGAAGCCAAAAUAUCCCAGUGACGGCCAUUGUGUGAAAUUCACAAGCCCACAAUCACUACGUUUUAUAGCAUCAAACUAAAAAAAACCUUAUUAGAAAAACAUACUCUUAAACAUGUAGACCAAUUCGGUGUUUGCUUUUUGUGGGCGGAGACAAAAAUGAUCAUCUAGUAGCAGUUUAUGGGAGCCAUGGAAUAAAAUCAUUUCCAAAAAGGUGUAUUUGAAUUUAUAUUUAAAAAUGCCGACUUUAUUCCGCAAUUCCGAGAUCAUAUCUCGCAAUUCUGAUUUAAAAAGUCAUGAGUUCUGGCUUUUUUUCCGGAGAAUUUAAAAUCCCUCAAUAAUGAGUUAAAGGAUAUAAACGUGCAUUCGUUAAAGGUUUUAAUAGUAUUUAAAUAUAUUAAAUAUUUAAACCUAUUGUUUAAAUCAAAUUUAGGCGAAGCCAUACCAGUCUGUCCAUUUAAACGUUAGUUAUUUUAAUCGUUGAUGACAGCAUUCUAUAAAAGACGAUUUGCUUUCUGACAUCCAAAGGCACAGUAAUACUUUUUUUAAAAUCUUUUAUUCCAUGGAUUUUACUCAUAACUGGCAUAACUGUGACAUCUACUCCAAACAGGUCUACAUCAGCAGGGUAGGAACUACCUAAAAUGAAGGAAACCCCAUCUGUGAAAAAUGAAUUUGAAGCGUAAUUAUUGGAUUGGUUUACGUGGAGAGGGCGUGGUUUAUGAGCCACCUCGGUACCAUGCAGCCGGCCACUAGAUGGCGAUCGUCAUGUUUUGGCUUCACUUUUUGCAACACUUAAACUGUUUUUUCUGAAAAAUGGAACACGCUCACCGAAAUAUAAAUUUAUAAAUAUAAAGAAGAAGAAUAUAAAUGAUGAUAGCCGAUGCGAACGUGAUAUUUGUCAGUGCCAUCUCACCGCAAAGACGUAUUUUACGAGGUGGCUAAUUCGUACUCGUGCGGUCUCGCGCGCUUUUCUCUGUUAGGGUGGUCAUUUGCAUAAAUCCCCCAAAUUUGCAAAAUCGUACGAUUUUGCAAGCUCAUACGAAUUUGUGUGAUUUAGCCGCCUUGUGAAAUAUGCUUUCGCUGUUGGAUCAGCAAAAUUAGAUCAGAAUUACUUUUACUUAGAAGCUAAUCGCAUCCGAGGCACGGUAGCACCCAAUUAAAACAACACUAUGCUAGUUUUAUAAUGCCGAUUUGAGACUGUUAAAAACAUCAUGGUCUUUGUAAAUUUGUUUAAAGUAUAAAUAUUGCUGAGUCGUCACUGAACCUGCAUUAUUACUUUAAUGCUGUAUUACCUCAUACACUCAAUGCCAUACUCACAGACGAUACCUGUAGAGACAAAGGGAACAGUUAUUAUGAUGUUUUUACUGUGGUUAUGUUGCCUAGGUUAAUUUUGUAGAUGUUUAUAUGACAUUUAAUGAUAUUGUAAUCAAUUGUGUAACAUUUCUUGAUGACUUAAAACUUUUGCCUUUACUGUUUCGUGAUGGACUGUUCUUAAAGGGACGGUUCGUUCAAAAAUUGUCAUCAUUUAAUCAUCCCCAUACAAGCCUGUAUGCAUUUAGAAUAUAUGGUAUAGAAAAAAUACCACGGAAGCCAAUGGGUACCGUCAGCUGUUUCGGUAAAUGAUGACAGAAUUGUCCUUUUUGGGUGAACCGCCCCUUUAAGAAAAUUUAGUAAAAAUUUGGCGAAGAGUGGUUUGUGAAGAACAAGAUUUUUGUUUUGUGGUGGAAUAAGAUUAUUCUAGCGUGUUCUUGCUUUAAGUGCUUUUUGAGAUCUGUUUGCCGGCUUUAUAAAUAUCCUCAGACCGUGCUGCCCGUAUUGCGCCUGUGUCUUCGUGAAACACUUGAACCCAUCACAGUCUCUGAAGAUACCGUAUCAGUAUUAGGAUAAUUGAUUCGCUUCACAAUCCUCUCUCUUAAGUUUGGACCGAUGUUAUAUACUUUUAGUAGAGAUUGAUUUAAAUGCAAAUUGUGUGAAAAUGGUGUAAUGUUGUUCAGUAUUUCUUAUUUCUAAAUAUUUAUAUGGCACCGUGAAGCCCUUUUGAGUUAAUGGUCUAGUGUGGGCAUUUGACUUGAAUUAUUUGUUAGCUUGAAUUCCAGAAGGUGUUAAGACGAAUAAAUGUCUCAGGAAUAAAGUUA